AUUCGAAGACGGACCGGCUCACUUCCGGUCGGGUUGUCAACAGAGAAGCACCACGCUUGUUUUUAAAGAGCUAAAAUGCCUAAAGCUCAGAGAGGAAAAGGAAAACCGGCGGAGAAGGUUUGUCAUCCGUUCAGCAGGAAAGCUGCUUACCUCGCCCGAGAAGAAAUCAGACUGAAGAAGAAAGAAAGGCAGAAGAGCGACAAAGCAACACGUCUGAGCAGCAUCGGUGAGAAGCUGUUGUGGUUUCAGGAGCAGUUGGACCCAGAAAAGACAUUGUACACCAAAAAAGAUGCCUGUGACGUUGUUGAAAGGUACCUUCAGAGGUUUGAUUCUGAGCUCGAGCAGAUUGAGCUGGUGAACGGGAUCAAAGGUCGGCAGGGUCGUCUCCAUGGCGCCAGAGAAGCUGUCAUCAAACAGACUGUGGAGCGAGAGCGAGCGCAGUAUGAGGGCGGCGGGUUUGAGAUUCCCGACAUCAUGAAUGCAAAACAUCUCAAAACAUUCAGGGAGUGGACUGGUGAUCUGAAGAAGCUUCCUAAUAUUAAACUGCGAAAGGUGUCUAACAAAGGUUUAAGCACAAAGAAUGAAGAAGAGGAGAAACAAGAUGCCGUAGAAGAUGAUGAAGAUGAUGUUGAUGAUGAUGACGAGGAUGAUUUGGAUGAUGAGCAGCUGGAUGACAUGGUGCUGAUGUCAGACUGAAACUGACGCUCUUCAUAUUUAACUGUAGCACAAAGCUUAAGUCGUCCAUUCAGGACAGCUGACAGUGGAGCUGCACAUCAGAUUGACUUUUUAUAUAAAAAGUGUGUUUCUGUACCUGUGGGUGAAAGGCUGCAGCUCCACACAUGUCCAGACGAUGGCGCCAAAGCUGGAAAGCUAAACUUGCUUCUUGCUGCUCAGUAACUUCACACCAGCCUGUGAGGGGUUCUACAUUCAUUGUUUAUUGCACAAACAAAUAUGAAUUGUAUGUAACCUGAAUGCUCCAUUUUAUAUCCAAUCAGAAAUAGAAAAAAGUUUUUGACAGAGAUGUUGAGUGCUCUAAUGUUGUGGUGGCUAUAAGACACCAAAAAAGUGUCAUUUUCUGUGACAGUGUUAUCAGACACUGAUAAAAACCCAAUUAAACCUGUAGAAAAGUGGACAAGUGGUACAA